AUGAAGCACCUCCUCCUCCUCGCCAUGCUCUGCCUCUCCCUGGCCAGCGGCCUGAAAAGGGUGCCCCUGGCCCGGCGCCGCUCCCUGCGGAAGCUGCUGCGGGAGCGUGGGCAGCUCUCCCACUUCUGGAAAGCCCACGGGCUGGACAUGGUGCAGGACAGCGAGGACUGCGCUGCCUUCUCAGAAGCCAACGAGCCCCUCAUCAACUACCUGGAUAUGGAGUAUUUUGGGCAGAUCUCCAUCGGAACUCCCCCCCAGAACUUCACCGUGGUGUUCGACACGGGCUCCUCCAACCUCUGGGUACCAUCUGUCUACUGCGUCAGCAAAGCCUGUGCUGGACACGCCAAGUUCCAUCCAACACAGUCCAGCACCUACCAGGUGAUAGGGACCCCUUUCUCCAUCCAGUACGGGACAGGCAGCCUGACGGGGCUCAUCGGAUCCGACCAAGUAGCCGUCGAGGGUCUCACCGUGAGCAACCAGCAGUUUGCAGAGAGCAUCAGUGAGCCAGGAAAAGCCUUCCUGGACGCCGAGUUCGACGGGAUCCUGGGCCUGGCUUACCCCUCGCUGGUCGUGGAUGGCAUCACUCCUGUCUUUGACAACAUGAUGGCACAAAAUCUGGUGGAGCUGCCCCUGUUCUCUGUCUACAUGAGCACGAACCCCGAAUCCCCCCUGGGAGGAGAGCUGCUUUUUGGGGGUUUUGACACAUCCCGCUUCACGGGGACCCUGAACUGGGUGCCAGUGACCCAGCAAGGGUACUGGCAGAUCCAGCUGGACAACAUCCAGGUGGGUGGGACAGUGACCUUCUGCGCCGACGGCUGCCAGGCCAUCGUGGACACCGGGACAUCGCUCAUCGCAGGUCCCACCAAGGAGGUCAAACAACUGCAAAACUACAUCGGUGCUGUGCCUGUGGAUGGAGAGUACGCCGUGGAGUGCAGCAACCUCAACGCGAUGCCCGACGUGACCUUCACCAUCAACGGGCUCCCCUACACGCUCAGCGCCCAGGCUUACACCCUCAUGGAGGAAGGUGGUGGUGUGACCUUCUGCCUCAGCGGCUUCAUGGGCAAUGACAUCCCCCCUCCGACAGGACCCCUCUGGAUUCUGGGAGACGUUUUUAUCCGUCAGUUCUACUCCGUCUUUGACCGUGGGAAUAACAGGGUGGGGUUGGCCCCUGCUGUCCCUUAGGGCUGGGGCAUCCUGUGGGGUAGGAGGGGAACAGAGCCACCAGGAUGCUGCCCUUGGGCAGGCCAGGGGAUGUCACUGCUGCAUCGGUGUCCCCAAGGGGGUGAAGACACCUGAAGAGCCCAGCAGAAGGUCAGUCCACGCCAGGAUACAACUUCAUAGUGAACAUAAAAACACCUCGAGCAGCUCCGUGAUCUGC